AUGCUGGCUCAUCUUUCCGCUGCACUGCAGGACACGACAGAGGAGACGCCGGCGAUGCCUUCCUCCUCCGUCGAGCCGGAGAACGGUGUCGCCACCGCAGCCUUCGUGGCGUCGAGUCCCGCGGUCGACGAGCGCCUGGUCUCCUCCCUGCGCACGCAGGCCGAGGUCGAUCUCCUCUGCAAGAACCACGGCGUUCCGAGCGUGUACACCGGGCGCCCCGCCGGCGACGACCGUCGCGCCUGCACGCCGCCGCCGGGGUCCCUCUGCGUGUAUGCACACGCGCUGGAGGCCGGUAUGCGCGUCCCGCUGCACGGCUUCUUCUGCGAGGUGCUCGCCCACUUCGGCAUCGCGCCGAGCCAGCUCGUGCCCAACGGGUGGCGCGUCAUGGCGGGCUUCCUCGCGCUCUGUCGCUCCGUCGGCAUGCCGCCGUCGCUCGCCGUGUUCCGGCGCUUCUUCCUGCUGGUCAUCGUCAACAGCAAGGUCAAAGGCUGGUACUGUUUCCGUGCCAGAGACAGCUUGGGCCUGCGAUUCACGGGGCUGCCGAAUACCCCCAUGGACUGGAAAAAGAUGUUUUUCUUCCUAUCGUCGCCGGAGCCGUGGCCUUGCCCUGUGGAGUGGGGCGAGCCGUCGAUGAGCUCAUUCGUAAAUCCGGUGCUAACCAGAGAGGAGGAGAGAUCCGCGAAGAAGCUAUUGGAUGCUUAUUGCGGCGGCGGCGGCGCCGUUGAUAUCAAGACAUGCCUGUGCGAUGGCAAGCUUGCCGGCUCCAUGGUAACUGCCACAUCUACACCGCCGCCGCCGCCGGCUUCUGCUUCUACCUGUAUCACUUCCAGUUCCAAAGGAAUGGAUCCCUCCGUCUACAUCAUGAUGAAAACUAUGCUUGCGGAGAGGGCGGCCGCGCAAGCGUCGGCGUCGACGAAGGAGGUGAAAGCUGAGCCGGGCAGCAACGCGCCUUUCUGCGGGAACAAGAGGAGUCUGGAGCAGGCGAACGGGGAGGAAGGCGCGCCUCCUUCUGUGCUGACGAGCACGCCGCUACCCGGCCCGUGUCCGCCGCCGGGCUUCUCUAGGAAGCGACCGCACUUUCCCAGCAGGCACAGCGGAGACACCACGAAGUGGGAAGCUGCACGGGAGCUGCUGCAGGGCGCCGUCGCGCCGCCGCAGGAGCGCGUGUUCGCGGCGAGCGAGCCUUCCGAGGUCGUCAGAUCGAGCUACGCUGCGAUUCUGGAGGCCGUGAACUACGCGUCGUUCUCCCUGAGCUACGCGCUGGAGCUGGAGGAGAAGCUGGUGGCGCGGGACGCGGAGGUGGCCGCACUGCGGGCGCAGCUGGACGAGGCCAAGGCGAAGCUCGCCGCUGUGAAGCGGCCAGCCGGAGAGGCGGAGCUGGAGAGCGCCGUGACGGUGGCAGUGCAGCAUACCCUGGGAUCUGAGGAGCACGUCUGGCGGCGCGCGGAGCACGCCGUGGAGGGGUGCGAGCGCUGGCGAGUAGAUGACUGGCCGAUGAUGGAGCAGAAUGGCCGGCACAAGAGACGGACAGAACCAUCCACCAAGUACGAUCCCAAACAAUGGGUUCUGUAG